CCUCCCGUUCCCCCCCUUCAACUAUUCCAUUCGCUUUCCCUCGUACUAACGAGCGGUGCUGUCUCCCUGCUAGCUUGCUGUAUGGCGCAGCCCCCAGCGUCGAAGCUCACACUGAGAGGGCUGCUGACACUUCCAUAUCGGCUGUGCAACCCUCCCCCAGCCAUCGGGAAAGUGCGAUCCUGCAGUGUGACGCCAGUACUCCAAGUGUGUCUUGAUGACGUCCUCGAUCGCAAACACCUUCCUCCGCUCGGUCUCAAAGACUUUGAAGAGUAUCUCCUUUAUGUGGAGCAGGCUCCCGAAAACCUCUAUUUCAUUCUCUGGUUGAAGGAGUACACCACUCGUUACCAAGCCUGGGCCCAGCGAGCAAAAGCCGCGUUUACGAACGAUACGCUCAGAGUUGGAAAUGUGCCCAGUUCCCCCCGCAGGUUACUUCGGAACCCCCCUCUACCAGAUCCUUCUCUGACCUUGUUCUACUCCCGUGCCAAGCAAACUUUUUUCACGCCGUUCGCAGAUUAUGAGCUCAAUAUCCCUUCAGACAUAUUGGGUCCAUUUCAUUCCUCUGCUUCGCAGUCCAGGCCGCCCGGAUCACCUGCACCCUGGCACUCUCAAUCUGCGCAUCCGGACCCCGCCGUGUUCACAGAAGUAGCCAUUGAAGCACGAUUCAUGCUCAACGAGUCUCUCCAACGCUUCGUUCAGGCGGCGUCCACCAAUGUCGGCUCCCGAAGGGCUGCGUGCGGUAUUGCUGGCGGUUGCUUCUUUACUACUGUCACCGGGGUCUUACCAUUGGUUAUGACCACCGGGCGAUGGAAUGCCGGUCCCCAUGGUCGACUUAUUCGGUUGGCAGCAGCACCUGGCUUGUGGUUCGGGCUCACAAUCCUGAUUGCCAGUUUGCAAGGCAUCUGUCUCAUGAUAUAUGUCUUCGGAGAUCUCAGGCAACUACGCAAAUUUGAGCUUGCACGCCCGGCGAUAUCUCGUCCAUUGCCAACAUCCAUAUCCGAGCCAUUCAUUCAAGUUCCUCGAGCCCCCCCGGCCCCACCUCCCAGUGUCACUAUCCUACCCAGGGUCCAGUCUCAAAGAAAUGAUUUCGCGGGUAUCUCCCCCGUUACGGUGAACACGACUUCUUCGGCUUCGCCCGGCUGUCGGCCAUUUUCUCCAGCGUCCGCCCGCUCUUCGGCAACUUCUCGUGAGUCUUGUGACCCGGAGUCUGCAUGCUCUGGUUGUGUAAAUGAAAUCGAGAUAUCUGCCGCGGUGUUUGAUGAGGACCCUGCUCCAGAGGGUCCCGCAACCGCUACUUGCCUUCACCGGCCGGAGUAUCAAGCCCCGUCUCCACCCUCGUCAAUCACAUUUCCUCCUUCAGCGCACUUUCCCCCGCGGGCGCGACCAGCUGUUUCGGCUCCCAAUAUUCACAGUGCCCUUGACCGUUCUCGUAACGGUGACAGUAUAACCAAAGCUGAGUCACUAUACGGGCCAACCGCAGGGUUUAUCCAACCAAGUAAUAAUAGUGGCGAUAUUGACAACCUGUCAAGUUCCUGGAAGAAUUCCCUUCCACACAAAAGUCGAGCCACGUUACAAAAUUUUGAUUUCGACUUACUACCGAGCACGAGAAGAAGUGCCUCAGCACGCGAAUUGGGUGGACGCCCGAGGAUCGAUGUUGUAACUACUGCCCCAGCACCGUCAUCUGCACCCUGUCAGAACAUGCGGCAGUCAUUGUCACGCGAACGUAGUGCGGUACCACCGCGGCAGCUUCUUACCACCCGCUCGCUGAGUUCUGAGCUGGGGCGUGCACAAUACAAAUGCAACAAGAGACCUUAUCCCGUUUCUAUACCCCCCGAUUCCCCUAUCUUUUUGUCUCCGCCAAACCACCUUACACCGACGUCGCCUUCUGCCUCGAUGCCAACGCCCGAGAAAGAAUGCCGGAAGUUACAUUUUUCGUUCAACCUACCAUCCUUUACAGCAGGCGUUCCGGCAUUUGCGGCGCCCCUGACCAACAUCCAGUCUCCAGUUGUAAAACGAGCGCAGUGGGAAGUCGUAGUCAGGUCAGGGUUGAUCGCGUUCGUCAUCACAGGCACCAUUGUCGGGGUAAUCAUCGGCGUCGUCCCAUGAGCCCGCGGCGUUGUGUUGGGCAGGAAACCAGGCUAUGCGUAACACGCGGUGUGCCCUCUUGGCGGGCUGUUAUUUCUGUCCUCUUUUUUUCUUGGGUUUUUCCUCGCAACGUGUACUUUUGUAGUCAACAGCAUGUGCGUGC